AUGAUUAGCUUAGAUCCUGCGAAAGCUAGAGAGCACAUCGAUCACAUUGAUCGCUUUCGCAUUCUGGUCAUGGGCAGAGCCAAUGCAGGUAAAACGAAAAUCCUGCAGAGGGUCUGUAAUACUACGGAUCAACCAGAAAUUUUUAAUGGAGAAGGAGAGAAGGAGAGUAUAUUUCAUGGUCAUGGCGAGCACAAGAUCGAGGAUGAGCUGGUGUUUAAGAGUAAUCCACACUUUGUAUUCCAUGACUCACAUGGAUUUGAGGCCAGAAGUGAAGAGCAGUUUGGCAUGCUGAAGGAAUUCAUCAUGGAUCAUGCGAAGACAACCAAGCUUGACAAGAGAAUCCAUGCCAUAUGGUUUUGCAUUCCUUUGAAUGAAAGCCACAGGAUGGUCACAGCAGCAGAAAGGAAGUUCUUUGAUGAGUGCAAUACAGGGAAUGUUCCUGUAAUUGUAUUGCUGAUAAAAACAGAUACCUUGGUGUUGGAUGCUCUCCUGGAGGUCAUGGGUGAUGAUUCAGAUGAAAAUGAUGCAAUGGAAUUGGCUGCAGAUGUUGAAAAAAGGAAGCUGAAUGAGUGUCUUGUGAAGGUCAAUAGUUGGUUGAAAGAGUUAAGGUAUCCACCUGAUGACUAUCUGUCACUCACUGGUCAGUAUCCUCACCAUCACCCAGCAAUGGCACACACUUGA